AAACUACGACUCCCGGCAGGCCUUGCGGCGGGUCUUCAUUCCCCCAAGCUCUGGAGGGCUAGGGGCGGACUAGGUCAGGUCGGCUGUAGGAUUCUGCUCCGGGGCCGGCGGCUGCUUCUUCCAGGCCUGGCUGCCACUGAGUAGCCGAGGGGCCGCCGUGACACUCUGACUGAUUGACUGGCUGGCUGCCUACGUCGGCGCUCCUCAGGGCCCCAAGCUCCCGAGGCCGAACUUGGGCAGAAGAUGACUCAAGACCGGCCUCUGCUUGCCGUGCAGGAGGCCCUGAAGAAGUGCUUCCUGGUGGUGGAGGAGCAGCACGGCCUGUGGCAGAGUGCCCUGCAGGACUGCCAGCCCCUCCUGUCUUCCCUCAGCAACCUGGCGGAGCAGCUGCAGGCCGCACAGAACCUGCGGUUCGAGGAUGUGCCGGCGCUUCGGGCCUUCCCAGACUUAAAAGAGCGGCUGAGGCGCAAGCAGCUGGCGGCUGGUGACAUCGUCCUGGACAAGCUAGGGGAAAGGCUAGCCAUCCUCCUCAAGGUGCGAGACGUGGUCAGCAGCCAUGUGGAGCGUGUGUUUCAGAUCUAUGAGCAGCACGCAGACACAGUUGGCAUUGAUGCUGUCCUGCAGCCUUCAGCAGUGAGCCCCUCUGUGGCUGACAUGUUGGAAUGGUUGCAGGAUAUUGACAGACAUUAUCGAAAGUCGUACCUGAAUAGAAAGUAUCUUCUUUCCUCUAUCCGGUGGGGAGACUUGGCAAACAUCCAAGCUUUGCCCAAGGCCUGGGACCGAAUUUCAAAAGACGAACACCAAGAUCUUGUACAAGAUAUCCUAUUGAAUGUUUCCUUCUUCCUGGAAGAGUAAGGAAGCUGUGCGUAUCCGGAGACCAUGGGCCCCACAGUGGAAGACUGACAUUCUAAACCCUGAUGUUUUUAAAGAAACGUCAGUAUUUCAGUCUCAUGUAUUUGAAAUAUCAGUGCCUUGAACCUGAGGACUGGGUCUUGGGGAGGAUUAGUGCCUAGAUGUCUGAUGUUGGAGCUGCAGCAUGCCAGGCCAUGGCUGAGAGUAUGUGAGCCACACCUUGCCCUUUUCUGAGGCUCAGGGAAGUGGAUGGAGAUAGAGACACAGCAGGAAAGAUGGUGCUGAAGAACAUAGUGCCUUGCCUCCACUGUAGACUUGAAGAGGUGGGGAAGCAAGGACAGGAGGCAAAGAGCCACACUGCCCUUGGCAUCAUCCAGAGCAUUGUCUGGUUGACACCAGGUCCUGGUUUUGUGUCUUUUGUCAAUAUCUGAAUCCUUGACAAAAGAAAAAGUGAUUUUGAUGAUUUAAAGAAAUAAGGGUGAUUUUGACAGAAAAUAUAUUUUAAAAAUAGUGACCAAUUGCAAUAGUUAUCCUCAAGCCAAUUUCCAGAGCCUGCCACCAGGGGGA